AUGCCGAGGUCCGCCUUGUCAGUCAUUUCCUUUUGUCACCGGUUUGGCAAACAGGAGAAAAAACAGAGCUUCAUGGGAAACAGCAGCCACAGGUGGUCCCACACACCAUUCCCCAAGUUGGAGCUGGGCCUGGGGGCGCGGCCCGCGGCGCCUCGGGAGCUGCCGCUCUGCUCCAUCUGCCUGGAGAGGCUGCGCGAGCCGGUGCCGCUGGACUGCGGCCACGACGCGUGCCCUCGCUGCUUCAGCGCGCACCGCCUCCCCGGCGGCGAGCAGCCCCGCUGCCCCGAGUGCCACGGGGCUCGCAAGCGGGACAGGGGCCUCCGCAGGCUGGAGGAGAAGAUGAAGCUCCUGCUGCAGAGGCCACCACCCUCUGUCGUGCAGGAGACCUGCGCUAUGAGGACGGAACCCCAGCUGCUGGUGCGCAUCAGUGCCUCCGGGGGCCUCAUCCUGAGGAUGGGGGCCAUCAACCGCUGCCUGAAGCACCCCCUGGCCAGGGACACCCCUGUCUGCCUCCUUGCUGUGCUGGGGGAGCAGCACUCAGGGAAGACUUUCCUCCUCAACUCCUUGCUCCAGGGGCUGCCAGGCCUGGAGUCUAGUGAAUGCUGGCAGAGAGAUGGGGGCUCCCUGCAGGGGUUCGGAUGGGGCGCCAACAGCCUCACCAGGGGCUUGUGGAUGUGGAACCACCCCUUCCUGCUGGGGAAGGAAGGGAGGAAGGUGGCUGUGUUCCUGGUGGACACGGGGGACGCCAUGAGCCCUGAACUGAGCAGAGAAACAAGGACCAAACUCUGUGCCCUCAUCAUGAUGCUGAGCUCUUACCAGAUCCUCAACACCUCCCAGGAGCUGAAGGAUACAGACCUAGAAUAUCUGGAGAUGUUUGUCCACGUGGCUGAGGUGAUGGGCAGGCAUUAUGGGAUGGUGCCAAUCCAGCACCUGGAUCUCCUAGUCUGUGACUCAUUCCAUCCCAACAAGGCAGGGCAGGGGCACGUGGGUGAUGUCAUCCAGAAAUCUGGCAAAUACCCCAGGGUCCGGGAGCUGCUACAAGGGAGGCAGGCUCGCUGCUAUCUCCUGCCUGCUCUGAGGAGACCAUGGGCCAGCAGAGACCACGCAGGCCGAGGCCAAAUCUCUUCUGACACAGAUGAUGAUUUCUGCCAUCUACGAACCUACGUUGCCGACGUACUAAGCGCUGCCCCCCAGCAUGCCAAGAGCCGUUGCCAGGGGUACUGGAGUGAGGGACGCCCGGUGCCCAGGGGGGACAGACGCCUGCUCACAGGGCAGCAGUUAGCUCAGGAAAUCAAGAACCUCUCGGGCUGGAUGGGAAGGACAGGGCCGGGCUGCGCCUCUCCGGAUGAGAUGGCCGCCCAGCUGCAUGACCUGAGGAUGGUGGAAGCUGCCAAGAAGGAGUUUAAGGAGUAUGUGCGGCAGCAGGAUGUGGCCACCAAGCGCAUAUUCUCUGCGCUCCGGGUCCUGCCAGACAAAAUGCGGAACCUCCUGUCUGCUCAGAAAGACGCCGUCCUGGCUCGCCACGGGGCGGCCUUGCUGUGCCAGGGGAGAGAGCAGGCCCUGGAAGCCCUGGAGGCCGAGCUGCAGGCCGAGGCCAAGGCCUUCAUGGACACCUACACCAUGCGCUUCUGUGGCCACUUGGCCGCCGUGGGGGGUGCCGUGGGCGCCGGGCUCAUGGGCCUGGCCGGGGGUGUGGUAGGGGCGGGCAUGGCUGCAGCUGCACUGGCUGCGGAGGCUGGGAUGGUGGCCGCUGGGGCUGCGGUGGGGGCCACGGGGGCUGCUGUGGUCGGGGGUGGCGUGGGUGCUGGCUUGGCUGCCACCAUGGGCUGCAUGGAGAAGGAGGAGGAUGACAGGGUGCAGGAAGGGGACCGAGAGCCCCUACUCCAGGAAGAGUAACAGCCCCCAGGAAACAGGAAAGGGAAGGAAGAGAGGAAAGGAAGUGGGGGAGGGGUGAUGUUCCAAGAACCCCCAUGUCCCACACUGCCCUGGUUGAAUGCGCAGUGUCUGGCUGGCUGGCUGGCUGAGCUGAAGAAUCCAGGUGGCCCCAGGAACCUGGGAAGGGUGCCAGGGGCCAGGGGGCAGUAUUUAGGGUGGUAGAGUAUACAGCCUGGUUUG